AUGCCGAGCCGUGUUUAUGUGAGGCUGGUGGAUGGGGAGAAACCAAGCGAGGGUCGAUUAGAAGUCCUUGUACCUGAUUACUCUACUGAAUGGCAGACAGUUUCUUCAUUUGGAUUUGGAUACGAUGAAGCGUCCGUUAUUUGCAGAGAGCUCGGAUACCCAGCCGCCAAUAAUGUAGAUUCCUGGCAAUUCGGGUUCGUAGAUCACUCAAGUUUAGGAAUAGAAUGUAAUGGAGAUGAGGAGAACCUUGCCGACUGUUCUGUAAAUCCCGAUCAUACUAAUUUUUUGGCCUCAGAAGUGAUGUGCUACGAGAGGGGAUACAUAGGAUGUUACCCGCUUGAUUCAUCUGGGUUUACCAAGCUUCAAAUCCCUUGCGGAAACGGAUAUGCUGACAGGAAAAACCUGACAAUAGAAAACUGCAUUUUGUGGUGCCGUCGCUCUAGAUACAUAUAUAGCUAUGCUGGUUUAUCAAACGGUGACACUUGUCUGUGUGGGAGUGCAUCCCUUGCCAUCAACCAGUCUUCGAAGGUAUCUGAAUCGUCAUGUCGCUCUAGAUGUACCGGAAGAAGAAUUAACACUUGUGGAAGUUUUUCUCAUAUAGCUUUGUUAAAUAUUGAGACAACAAAAACAUCACAAAGAGCAUCAGACACUACCGACUCUAGUGAGAGAAUAGAUUACUCAACUUUUUCUCCUAGGACAUCAUCCCUGUCUGGAAAUUACAUAUGUAAUCAGAAGGCAGAAGUACAGCAUUUCAAAGACUGUGGAUUCCUAGGAUGCUAUCCAUUAGAUUUAUUAGAGUUUAGUGAGUUUGAAACCCCUUGCGGCAGAUACAACAAAUACGACAGACAAAAUGUAACAAUACCAAACUGCAUCACCUGGUGUGAACGCUCUGGAAACGCCUAUCUCUAUGCUGGAGUACUUCAUGGUCGAACAUGUCUGUGUGGGAGUGCAUCCAUUGCCAUUAAACAGUCUGCUCGGGUACCUGAAACAUCGUGUAACACCCCAUGUAUCGGAAAGAGCAAUGAAUUUUGUGGAGGUCGGUCUCACGUCGCUAUAUUCAAUAUCGAGACAGGCAGCAAUCCACAAAUUUUAGCGGACACUACCCGCCCCUGCCAUUCUCAUGAUUCCAGCGAGAUUGUGGACACUUCGACUCUGUCAGGAAAUUAUGAUAGCAAUCAAACCGCAGAAGUACAAGGCAGCAAUCCACAAAUUUUAGCGGACACUACCCGCCCUUGCCAUUCUCAUGAUUCCAGCGAGAUUGUGGACACUUCGACUCUGUCAGGAAAUUAUGAUAGCAAUCAAACCGCAGAAGUACAAGGAGGGCAAAUUGGUCUGAUCACCGUGGUCGUCUUGGUCGUAGUUCUGUUGCUGUACGCAGUUGUCAUUACUUUCUUAUUUUUUCGACAGAGUCGCAAAAGACCAAUGACCAUGACUACGAAGACUGAACAUGCUGAAGGAAAGGGACACGAUCCUUACAUAGGCCUACAGCCCAGACAUGAGGAAGACAGGGCAUACCAGGAGAUGGCUAUCAUCCCAAAGACUUUGUCCAACGGUCCAGAAGAAAGACCUCUGCCGCACCCACUAACUGAUUCGGUCUACGAGAAUCAGUUUGCUGCUCCGUGCUACCAAAAUAGAACCAAUGAGGGCGAAAUGUACGAAACAGUUUCCUCCACAAAUCAAGCAUAUUAAACUAUACAAGGGGUUUAUGACGACUCUACGUGUAGCAAGAAAAGUAGUUGGAACUGGAUCAGUUGGUCAAAUUAUUCUUUUGUUGUAGUACAAAGUAAGUCAGAGAAUAAAGCUACUGAUGGUUUCAAUAUUUUUGUGCAGAAAGUUAUAAAUGUCUUAAUAAAUAGUCAUCAUCAUCAUAUUAGCCAUUUUCAGCCCACUGCAAGGCGAAGGCCUCCUCAAGUUGGUUCCAAAGGUGCUCGUCUUGUGCUGAUGCAAUCCACUUUAUGCCAAUGAACUUUGUGAGCUCGUCACUCCAUCUCAAUUAUUGUCUACCCCGAUUUCGUGAUAAUAGCCAUUGUUUCCAUUGUGUGAUGCGUUUGGUCCAUCUUUUGUCAUGUGAUCUUGCAAGGUGACCAGCCCGUCUCCAUUUAUUUUAUUAUUUACAUUAAUCUAGUCUGGCUCCUAAUCCAUUGUAUGUAUGGUUUUCCUGUCACGUUUUGAUAUCCGUAGCAUUAUAUGUUCCGGUUGAGUGUUUUUUUUUUUAUUAUCAUUUAUAUUCCAUUUUCUUUAUGUUGGAAGUAGUAAGGGUCCUGUAGCACAGGCUUCGUGAUGAAUAGCUAAUAUGAAAGAUUUAAAACACUUUCGAUUGUUUCCUGGUCAGUAUUUUGAAAUAAAAGCGCAUGAAAUACUGAUGAGAAUCUGGAGAUCAUGCAGACUAUGCCACUUCAAUAGCAGUUCUCGCUACGCUCUCAGUACGCUGUACCAACUCCCAUUGCGUCAAGGCCAUGUUCAAUGACGUAGCGAGAACUGCAUGGACGUAGCGUCGGUGUAAAGGGGUAUUAGCAAUUGAUCGCUGAUCUUCAUGUGACGGAACCAUUUUUUCUUUGUAGCCGCGAUUUAAUUUUUUUUUUAUUGUUCAAUCAAAACCGGAAGAGGAUCCCUUAUAAAUGAUAGACCAUCUGCUGUGUUGCAAGUGAAAUUCAGUUUUAUGUAUUAUAAUGAAAUAAUAUAAUCGCAUAUGAUUAUAUUUUAAAAUAACGAUCAGUCAAUAUUUUGCAGAUUAUGGGCGGCGAUCAGAGGAGAAGAGGUUGCCCUUCCAACAUUUUGAAUUAUUUUCAGACUCUCAAGAAAUCUUUGAGUCUGCUAUAUAUUUUAUUAGUGUGUACAUGU